AUGGCUGCAUCAUGCGCCAUGUUCAUGCUUCUGAUGAUCCAGACCAUGCUGACAAUGUCAGCCGAUGGCAUCGGCGUCAACUGGGGAAACAUCGCGUCUCAUCCUCUGAAUCCCGACAUCGUCGUCGGCAUGUUGAAAGACAAUGGAAUUCAAAAGGUGAAAUUGUUCGAUGCAGAUUCUUGGACUCUCAGCACUUUAGUUGGAACAAAUAUUGAGGUUAUGGUCGGAAUUCCUAAUGAUCAACUCUCGACACUUUCUAAAGAUUUCGGGGCUGCUAAAGACUGGGUUCGUGAAAAUGUCACGGCUUAUCUUCGUCCUGGUGGUGUCAAUAUCAAAUACGUAGCAGUAGGGAACGAGCCAUUCCUAACGAGUUACAACGGAUCAUUUCUAAAAACAACAUUUCCAGCAUUAAAGAACAUUCAAAAAGCUCUAAACGAAGCAGGAAUAGGAGACAAAAUCAAAGCCACAGUCCCCCAAAACGCCGACGUUUACGAAUCCCCCUCCGACUUACCCUCCGACGGAAAUUUCCGACCAGACAUCAGAGAUCUCAUGCUACAAAUCAUUCGUUUCUUCAAAGAAAAUUCUUGUCCCUUCACUGUAAACAUUUACCCUUUUCUCAGUCUUUACCAGAACCCAUCAUUCCCUUUAGAUUUCGCCUUCUUUGAUGAACAAGGUGAAGAGAAAAUGGACAAAGGAGUGAAAUAUAACAAUGUGUUCGAUGCAAAUUUCGAUACUUUAAUCUGGUCAUUGAAGAAAGCUAAAGCUGACGAUCUUCGCAUAAUCGUCGGUGAAGUUGGUUGGCCGACGGAUGGUCAUUCCGCCGCUACUGUAACGUUAGCCGACAGAUUUUACAAAGGUUUGUUCAAGAAGCUUUUUGCAAAUAAAGGAACUCCAUUAAAACCUGGUAAAAUGGAAGUUUAUUUAUUCGGGUUACUCGAUGAAGACAUGAAGAGUGUUCUCCCAGGAUUUUUCGAACGUCACUGGGGGAUUUUCCAGUACGACGGAAAACCGAAGUUCCCUUUAGAUUUCACCGGAAAGGGUCGGAGAAUUAUGCCGGUAGCGGCUAAAGGUGUUCAGUAUUUGGAUCAGCAGUGGUGUGUGGUUGAUAAGGAAACGGGUGAUUUGGAGAAGGUUGGGAGUGAGAUUGAUUAUGCUUGUUAUCAUGGAGAUUGUAGUAGUUUAAUGUGGGGAUCGAGUUGUGGUAAAUUGGAUCAAUGGGGGAAUGCUUCGUAUGCUUUUAAUAUGUAUUUUCAGAUGCAGAAUCAGAAUGUUGAAGCUUGUAAUUUUAAUGUGGCGAAGUUGACUAAGACGAAUGCUUCUCAGGGUUCUUGCCUUUUUCCUAUUCAGAUCGUUAGUGGCGGAUACAUGAAUCUUAAACCCCUCGUUUGCUUAUACUUUGAUGAUUAUAGUUGCAGGAGUGAUUCAUGUUUUGGGAUUGAUUUGAUCAACUCUGUCGGUUUAUGA